AUGAGGUGCGGUAUCUUUGAGUUACCCAAACUUGUAUUUGGGGUGUGCUACGCACCGAUUGCUACGUGUCGUAGAGGUCUUCAAGGAAAAGCUCAAGUCACCACAUGUGUGGUCGGUGACGCGGUGCCAGUGACAGCGUUAGAAGAUGAAGCCCCGGGGGGCGAGCGUCAUGCACGCCUUUACUGCGCUCACCAUGCUCACCAUGGCCAACGCCCAAACAACAUGUAA